AUGCACCGAGGACGCUUCUACUAUGGCCGAUUGGUUAGACACAUUUCAAGUGGACCGGUUGUGGCUCUAAAAGUGAUCGGCGAUGCGAGAGCUGUCCUUGGAUCGAGUAAACUCUUCCCGUUGGCUCAUGAAAAAGAUUUAACUCUACGACAGCGUUUUUCUAUUUCGGACGUCAGAAAUGUUGCCCAUAAUUCGGAUCCGGAAAACGCGCAAAAAGAACUCGAAAUGGUUGAGCCGCUGGAAGAAAUGAAAGAUUUCUCCCAAGUUGAACAUUCGCUGCGAGAAUUGUAUCGACGA